CCAAACAACAGAAUCUCGUGUUUUACUCAUAAAUCUCAUAAAUUAGCAAUUCUGACCACCAUGAAGCCCACAGGCGACAUAGACUCGCUCCGCACCGAGCACGAAUCCGACGAGCAGUGGACAGUGCGGCGGAACUUCAUGAUCGAACAUAAAGACGAUUUUGGAGAGGACGAGUUGAUCACGUUGGCGCAACUCUUUACCAAUAUCGAGUUCCUUGGAUGCAGAUACCCACCAGAGACUAUGAAGAGGAUAGCGAAGCUGUCGGAGAAGGUGGCCUCCAACUACCGGGACAGCCGCAAGAACAAGUUGAAAAGGACGUUUGUGCAAGCCAGCAGCGCUGCCGAGCAGAAGGCUAAGAGAACUUUCAAAUAAAUGUGACAUAGAUUAAUCAGUUUCAAUCCUUGGACUGCCACAAACGUCGACGCGCGUGGCCCAAUAUGAUCCUUCAAACAUUCUGACCACAUACACAAUGCAGUGAUUAGCCAUUAGUGGAUUAGCCAUGUGAUAAAAGUAGUAAAUGCCACGGGCCCCGCUCGUUUGGGGGCCCCGCCCACCUUUACAUUGUUGCCGUAAAAAAAACCAAGUUUCACUUAGUUCACUUUGUCCAAGAGAAUUAAAACAACCCAUGGACCCCGUGAUAGAAUUUGCUACAGGCCCUGCGCUGGUUUAAUCUGGCACUGGUCACGAUGACGCGCGUACGACAAUGGCGCUCAAAGGGUUAAGUAACGUAAAAAGUAUAAUAUUGUUAUUAUUAAUCAUUCAUAAUAUUUAGUCUCUGUUUGUAACUUCAUCUUUGUAAAAUUUGUUGUCUGCACCAGUCCCUCCACCUUAAGGGCUUAUUACACUUAUCCUGCCUUCGGACGGUGAACGAUCGGCUACGACAUCGGCCCGAUAUCGGGCCAAAGGAUCAUUUUCCGUUUCACGAAGUAUUAGCACGUCGUUUACAAUAUUUCUUGGUAUAAAAAAAUUGUUCAACUACAAAAAUAUCAAACAUUAAACAUUUUUGGCAAUUCGAGGCAAAGUAUUUUUUACAUGUUCAAUAACUUCAAUAUUUAUUUAUUUAUUUAUUUUAUUUAAUCUUUAUUGCACAAAAGAAAAUACAAUCGUACAAAAGGCGGAAUAUCGUUAAUGAUGUUCUUAUAUUUCGUGAAAUGGAAAACGAUCUUGGUCGGGCGCGACGUCGGGUCGGCCGCAAUAGUAAAGGGCCCUCCACACUCGUGCGCGGAUCGCGGCGCGAAUCUCCGAACGCGAGUGUGGAGUUUAGUUCGCAAAUCAGCGAAAUCGACUCCACACUCGCGUUCGCGGCUUCGCGCCGCGUAGUCUGGAGCGGGCUUAAGGCCCGACGGCAGGAUAAGUGUAAUGAUAAGCAAUUUUUUUUUUCUCAAUUGCAACCCGCUAUGCACCCCCAAUGAUUAUGGAUGGUAUAGAAAGGAUCGCAAUCUCUUAUGGCAGAAUUGUUGUAAAAGUGACCGCGUUAAGCUUUAAAUAAUAGUUCCUAAUCUCUCCGGUGGCGCUAGUUAGGCUCUGGGACAUGAGUAUAACAUGAACUAUAUAAGGCAACAAAUAACCCGACCAAAUUACGUAGGUUGUUUUUGGUAGUAUUUCGGUGUAUGGUGGCGCCGCCUAAUUACUGUUUUUUGAUGGACACUUUUCAUACAUAGAGAUUUGGCUCCUUUAUACAGUCUCCAUGCCGAUGAUGAUGAUAAGCAUACCCUGGAUUUUCGGGUGUGGGAAUGAUUUCGUGUGUUUAUUACUAUGUUUAUUGUAAAACAGGGACCGGCCCGCUAUCCCUUAUCGGGGUUUUAUAAGGGUAUUGCAUAAGGCUUAACUCACCAUACCCUUUGCCAGACGAAACCCUUUGUUUUGCUUUUAAAAACCCUUAUAUAAAGCUACCACAUUUGAGUAAUCGGUAGCCCAAAUACCCUUACAAAACCCUUAUCAUCCGCUCACCAACACCUUGCAUAUUGCUUAUAAGGGUUAGCCUUAUAAAGGGCUUCACUUUUAGCAUAUAAGCGUGCUAAUUUAAGUCGUCUACCUUGUUCAUAAAGCACACAUUACUUCGAAUCCGAGCGAUCGUCGGCGGCGACGGCGGCGUUCUUUGACUAGGCACGUAUUUUCUUUCCUUUUCAUACACUACCGUAGAUAUAUACUAAUCCUGUCUCUUUCACGCAAAGGGAAACCUUUAUAAAAAGCGCUUAAAGAUAAGGGUAACCCUUAUUAAGGGCUAGCCUUAUUUUUGGUUAGCUUUUCGGUAAGGGUUAGUCAAAGGUAGGGGUAUGAAUGGGCUUGCAGUUCAAAAGGGAGAGUCUUUCAAUGUGUUAGCCGUGUUUAAGUGUCGCCCAUUGAAAGGGUUUUAUCGCGGAAAGGGUUGUCCGGUCCCUGUUGUAAAAUAGUUACCAAACUAUAAAUAAAAAACAUAGAGUAACUUAUACUAGAGCGGUACUGUCAUAGUAAAUUUUGUAACCCCAGUAAAUUCACUGCCAUCUGUCGACACACUUUAAAACUAAAAAUGAAGAUUUAUAAAAAUACGAUAAAAUGUAUUUAAAUAUGGAUAAAUGUUUUUUUUAUUUGCAUUAAUUAUUUUUAUAUGAUUUUGACCCAUGUUCUUUUACUGAUAUGCGAUAAAAUUAUAAAUAACGAACGAAACCGUCAACGCCCUCUAUACGAGAGUAGGCCAAAACUAGUGGCGCCAUCUGAUCGAGAAUCAAAUUUUCGUGAUUUUCGAGGCACGUUUUUUCUUUGAUAAAAAAUAAGUAGUAAGCUCCAAACGGACUUAGAAAUGUUCAAAUAGUUUAUUUUUAACAAUUUUUACCUAUUUUUUCUAGUGUAAAACAUUCCCGCACCCAAAAAUUCGGUAUGAUAAUAAGUAACUUUGAUUUCGUUGCCACAUAUUGCGUUGCAGAGAAAUUAAUUUCCUUGAACUUAGGCCUAAAGGUUGCUUAAGAUUGCUUACGUACUGUCCGCGCGCGAAUUCCGUGCACGGCUGAGGAAUGUUAGGAAUGUUGGGCGUCAUGACAGUGUGAAGGUGACUGGUGUCAUAUUGUACGUACGGGCGCGGCGCACACCCUCCCACUUCCUCGACCUCCGAAUGCACGGAAUUGGCGCGCGGACAGUAAGUACCUUAAAGCUUACUAGUGUAUCUUAGCCUUACAAUAGAACAGAGUAUUCAUUAUUGUAAUAAGUAAAUAA